CAAGUUAAAUAUCCUGCGCACUACUUCACCGCCUCCCCAGCGCAAUUUAGCACACUUCUAACAUUUUCUCUAAACAUUUUCCCAGAAACUCGAACUUUCAUUUUACUUAGAAAUGGUGGGAGCACAUCAAUACCAGUAUCACCAUUGGAUUGACAGAGGAGAUCUUCUCAAAUCCAACGUUCGUUUCUUACAACUUCAGCUUCGUCAACGCUUUCGUGUCGCCGUCGAUCGCCAUUUUUAUUCUCGCCGCGAUUCUUUAUCUUCUUCCAUUGAUGUUCGUGUUUCUUCCCUCGUUAUGCGUUGUCUUCAUCGCUUUCGCGAUUUUCGUCGCCGUUCUUUGUCCUCCUCCACUUCUACUUCCUCCGCACUUUCUCGCAUCAAAAGAAGUAAACACCCUAGGGAAGUUUAUGCGGAUGAAGAGUCGGCUAUCACUCGCAUGCUUCAAGCUCUGUCAGUACCCCUUCUUGGGAAUGUUUGCCAUGUAUUUAUGCAUGGACUUAAUCGCGUUCAGGUUUAUGGUUCCGAGAAGUUGCUUAAUGCUUUGCAGUGCAAGUCAAAAGAUAAGCCUCUAAUCACUGUUAGCAAUCAUGUUGCCUCUAUGGAUGAUCCGCUUGUCAUCUCGGCAUUGCUCCCUCCAAGUGUUCUCAUGGAUGCCAAAAAAUUGAGGUGGACCCUCUGUGCAACUGAUCGAUGUUUUAAAGAUCCCGCCACUUCUGCCUUCUUUCGAUCUGUAAAGGUUUUGCCUGUCUCACGGGGUGAUGGAAUUUAUCAAAAGGGUAUGGACAUGGCUUUAUCUAAACUCAAUAAUGGUGGUUGGGUCCAUAUUUUCCCCGAAGGUAGCCGUUCGCGAGAUGGUGGGCGGACGAUUGGAACAGCCAAGAGGGGUGUUGGGAGGUUGGUGCUGGAUGCGGACAGAACUCCGAUAGUAGUCCCAUUUGUGCAUACUGGAAUGCAAGAGAUUAUGCCUAUUGGAGCCAAUUUUCCAAGGAUUGGCAAGAUAGUGACAGUGCUUAUUGGUGAUCCCAUUGAAUUCGAUGAUUUGCUCAACACUGAAGGUACCGAGCUUGCAUCAAGGGAAAAUUUGUACGAUGCUGUGUCCACAAGGAUAGGUCAACGACUGAAGGAACUAAAAUUGCAGGUGGAUAAAUUGGCUCUUGAAAAACCUCUUCGGGUUAAAGAAUAUGCCUUGCAAGGCAUUGAUCGAGCCGCUGGGAUGUUACAGGAGGUUGAUUGGGAAUUAUUUGGCAUGAAUAGCUAUAUAUCAGCUCAGAAUGACUCAGAAAAGUCUACACUAGAUGGGCAAAAUAAAGAAGUGAUUCUCUCAAAUCAAGAGUCGAUUUCUGGUCAUUACAGUAAAAGUAGGUUCACAGAUUUCAGCAUCAUGGCAAAAGUCCAGAGUUUCAUGAAGUCGACAGAGUAUAUCGGUUAUGCAGCAAGAGGUGCGUCACUGAAUCCGUUCAAUCCCACAUCUAGGGAAUAUUGGCGGGUGAACCCUGUUAGGGCAUGGAAACAACGGUUGGAGGCUAGUUAUGGUGCAACUGUGAAUUUCUGCUAGCAUUGUGGGAAAGUCGACUCUUGCACUGAAUCAGUUCAAUUGCACAUCUGGGCAGUGUGGUUGAAUCUUUGAGGAUAUGAAAACGAUUGGUAGCUAGUUAUAGUGCAACAGUGAAUUUAUGCUAGCGUUUGUGGGAAAGUCGACCCUUCCACCGAAUGAAUUCAAUUGCACAUCUGGGCAAAUUAUAAUGCAACGAUGAAUUUAUGCUAGUGUUGUGCGGGUAAGUAAUCUUCCUUCACUGAUGGCGAUUUCCCUUCAAGUUUUUUUCAGCUUACUUUCUGAAUCUCCAAAGGUUCCUAGAAACUGGAAAAUUGUACAGAGAUAAGACAUUCACUACUGUUUUCUAAAAAAUGUAAAUAUGGACCAAUAUUUAUGAGAAGUUAAGCUUUCAUUUCUUUGAUGUUUCAAUGUGAUAUCUUAAUUU